AACCCUUUAUCUUCCGCUACCUCUCACGUGCUGCACUUCUUCUUCUUCUCCACGCCGGCUCCCACUCUCUUUCAGCAGCUCCGCGUCGCCGUCGGGCCACUCUCUCAUUCCGUCGUGCCCCGGCCGUCUUUCUGCCGCCGCAACCUCCCUCUCUGGAGAAAAAUUCAGGAGAAUUCUUUUAUACAAUGGACGGUAAAAAAAGAGGCUCUAACCCAACAGAUGGAGUGGAGAUCCAGAAAGAUACAUCGAUGGUUGACGUUAGUGCUGUUCCAAAAUCCUUAAAGAGAAAAAUGAAGAAGGAUAAACAGAAAGACGCCGAACUGGAAAAUGGGGAUGUUGAUGUUUCCUCUUCUUCCUUUCCCGAUUCUGAGAAACCAAUGGAGAGAAAAAAGAAAAGGAAAACAUUUGACAAAGAAAGAAAGCGAGCUGUUUUGGAAAGUGAAGAACCUAAGGAAAAACAAACAAGUGUGAAGGUUAAAGCUGAUGAGAAUAAGCCGUCUUCUGUCUCUUUUUCAAGCAGUGGUCUCCCAGAGUUUCAUAUCAGUGUUUUUAAGGACUUGGCAUCUGCGGACAUUUUGGUGAGAGAAUCAGCUGCAGAAGCUUUGGCAACUGAGCUGCUAAAGGUUCAACAAGCAUAUGAAAAGCUUGAAAAUAAGGAUUUGGUUGAGGGUGGAUUAAAACUGGAAGCUGAGAAGGAUGAUGGCUUGGAUAAUUGUGCCCCAUCUGUGAGAUAUGCUUUACGUAGACUGAUUCGAGGCGUGUCUUCUUCGAGAGAGUGUGCUAGACAGGGUUUUGCCUUAGGAUUAACUGCAUUGAUAGGUACACAGUCCAACGUCAAGGUGGACUCAUUGCUGAAACUUAUUACUAAUAUAUUAGAGGUUUCUUCAUCAAUGAAGGGCCAGGAAGCGAGGGACUGUCUUUUGGGUCGCUUGUUUGCAUAUGGGGCUCUUGUUCACUCAGGAAGACUAACUGAAGAAUGCUCUUCUGAUAAAAACUCUUCACAUGUGAAGGAAAUCACCAGUGUUCUUAUAUCUCUUGCAGCUAAAAAACGCUAUCUGCAAGAGCCAGCUGUCUUAAUUAUUGUAGAAUUGGUAGAAAAGUUAACACCCGAGUCAGUGUUGAAUCAUGUGCUUGAAGCUCCUGGAAUUCAAGAGUGGUUUGAAGCAGCUACUGAAGUUGGGAACCCAGAUGCACUGCUGUUGGCUUUAAAAUUACGAGAAAAAGUUUCUGCUGAUUGUCCAACAUUAGUUAAACUUUUACCAAAUCCAUUCAAUCCUAGUAGAUUCUUUUCUGUUGAUCAUCUGUCAUCCCUAGUCAACUGUUUCAAGGAGUCUACUUUUUGCCAGCCCAGAGUUCACAGCUUAUGGCCUGUUCUGCUAAACAUUUUGUUGCCUGAUACAGUUUUGCAAACUCAAGAUGCAUUGUCUGUUUCAAUCUCAUUGAAGAAGCAUAAAAAGAACCGUAAAAGUGGCUCCUCUGAAGAAGAAAUUCUGGUAAACUUUAAAAACUUUUUUGAAGUUGUAAUUGAAGGAGCACUUCUGCUAUCAUCUCAUGAUCGUAAGCACUUGGUGUUUGAUGUUCUAUUUCAUCUACUGCCAAGACUGCCAGCAAAUUUUAUCCCUGCUAUGCUGUCAUAUAAAGUUGUCCAGUGCCUGAUGGACAUACUUUCAACGAAGGAUUCUUGGUUGCAUAAAGUUGUGCAAAAUUUUCUAAAAGAAUUAUCUGAAUGGGCACUGCAUGAUGAUGUCAGAAAAGUUUCCGUUGUUGUGGCUUUACAGAAGCACAGCAAUGGCAAGUUUGAUAGUAUUACACGAACAAAAGCAGUUCAACACUUGAUGUCCGAGUUUAAGACGGAAUCGGGUUGCUUUCUGUUUAUUCAGAACUUGAUGAGCAUGUUUGUGGAUGAAAGUCAAACAUCAGAGGAACCUUCAGAUCAAAGUCAAACAACUGAUGACAACUCAGAGGUUGGUUCGGUUGAGGGUAAGGACUCCAUUGGAACAAUGGGAAACUCUGAUUUUUUGAGAACUUGGAUUAUAGAAUCUCUACCAUGUAUGUUUAAACACUUAAAGCUGGAACCUGAAGCAAAAUUCCGAGUGCAGAAAGAAGUUUUGAAAUUUCUAGCCGUCCAGGGUUUGUUCACUGCAUCGCUUGGCACAGAAGUGACAUCUUUUGAAUUGCAGGAGAAAUUUAAGUGGCCAAAAGCUCCCACAUCUAGUGCUCUUUGCAUGAUGUGUAUUGAACAACUGCAGUUAUUACUUGCUAAUGCUCAAAAGGGCGAGGGAUCUCAUGGUUUGGUUAAUGGUCUUGAGCCAAAUGAUCUUGGCUCUUAUUUUAUGAGGUUUCUCAGUACUUUACGCAACAUUCCUUCAGUUUCUCUAUUCCGUCGCCUGAGUGACGAGGAUGAAGAUGCAUUCAAGAAACUACAAGAGAUGGAAACCAGGUUAUGGAGAGAGGAAAGGAAUUACGGAUUAAGUGCUGAUGCAAACAAAUUGCAUGCACUGAGGUACUUGCUCAUCCAGUUGCUUUUGCAAGUGCUCCUUCGACCAGAGGAAUUUACUGAGGCUGCAACAGAAUUGAUCAUAUGUUGUAAGAAAGCCUUUUCUUCUGCUGAUCUACUAGGCUCCUCUGGAGAUGAUGAGUUGGAUGGUGAUGGAACACCGCAGUUAAUGGAUGUUCUUGUGGAUACAUUGCUCUCAUUGCUACCACAGUCAUCAGCACCCAUGAGGUCGGCCAUUGAGCAGGUUUUCAAGUACUUCUGUUGUGAUAUCACUGAUGAUGGGCUGAUGAGAAUGUUGAGGGUUGUCAAGAAAAAUUUGAAACCUUCGAGACAUCACAAUGUAGAGGAUGGAGAUGAGGAUGAGGAUGAAGAUGAGGAUGGAGAUUUUCUUGAUGUUGAAGAUGAGGAAAUUAAUCAAGAUGAAGAUAGUGAUGAACAUACUGAUGAAUCUGAAGCCAUAGAUAGAGUUGGAGAAGUAGGUCAAGAACAUUCUGACGGUUCUGAUGAUUCUGAAUCUGAUGGAGGAAUGGACGAUGAUGCAAUGUUUCGAAUGGAUUCUUAUCUUGCCCAAAUCUUCAAAGAGCGAAAAAAUCAGGCUGGGAGUGAAACUGCUCAGUCUCAGCUUAUGCUAUUCAAGCUUCGUGUUCUGUCACUUCUGGAAAUCUACUUGCAUGAAAAUCCAGGCAAACCAAAUGUUUUGUUAGUGCUCUCAAAUUUGGCUCAGGCAUUAGUUAACCCUCAUACUACAGAAGGUAGCGAACAGCUAGAACAGCGGAUAUGGGGAAUUUUGCAGAAGAAGAUUUUCAAAGCAAAAGACUAUCCGAAGGGCGAAGCGGUUCAAAUGUCCACGCUUGAAAAUUUGUUGGAGAAGAACCUAAAGUUGGCAUCAAAACCAACCAAGAAAAAGAAAUCUGCUGCAAAUGUAUCAAAAAAGAAGCAGACAGCAUCAUUGAAUCAUUACAAGAUGAUCACUUCCCUUGGUCAGAAUUCAUCAUUUUGGAUCUUGAAGAUUAUUGAUGCAAAAAAAGUGUCCAAGCCUGAACUACAGAAAGUGUUUGAUAUUUUUGAUAAGGUUUUGGUGGAUUAUUUUCAUAGUAAAAAGUCUCAGAUAAAGGCCGAAUUUCUGAAAGAGAUAAUUCGAAGAAGGCCAUGGGUUGGACAUCAUCUUUACAGUUCUCUUCUCGAGAGAUGUGUCAGUACAAAUUCAGAGUUUCGGCGAAUCGAAGCGUUAGACCUAAUAACUGAGAUGAUAAAAUCAUCAAUGUCCUCUGAAAAUGGACAUCAUGUGACAAAGGAACUGAUGGAGAACUUCCUUCAUGAACUAUGCAAUUUGAUAAAGGAGUUACUGACAAAUAUGCCCGAAAAGCAGGCACGACGGGCUGAUGUACGCAAGUUUUGUGGCAAGAUUUUCAAUUUCGUAUCCUCCCUUAACAUUAGUAAGUCUUUCCUUUUGAGCUUGGCUCCCGAAGCUGUAGCGGUAUGCGAAUCUCAACUCGGCGAGCAGUUCAGUAAAUUGAAGCAUCGUGAAUGAUAAUAGUAACAUGUCAGUCUUAAACUAAAUGGUUAUCCAACAGAUUCAGCCUAUUUAUGCUUUAUUCUUGAGAGUAGAAAGUUUCUGGAGAAUCUCUACUCAUUUUGACUUGAUAAAGAAGCAAAGCUCUCACAUGCUGUUAGUUUUCUUGUUAUAAACUGAGAUGAAACCUUGAUGGAUGGAGGAAAGAAAGCAAAGCUCUCACAUGAAGAUUCAGAUUCAGAUUUCUGUUUCCAGAACAAAAUUUUUGGGGCUGGUUCCUGAAUGAACAACGACCUUAUAAUAUCGACGAUUGCCCGAUGCAGGUGUUUAUUGGUUGUUCCUAGAUAGUUGUGAUCUCUUGUUUUAAACAGUGUUAAACGCAUAGAACAUUUAUUACUUGCUAGUCACAAACUCAAACAUUGGUUAAAAUACCAUUUAGAUUGAUUUGUUUUGUUUUGUUCUCUGUAUUUUAUUACUGAAAGAAUCAUUUGGCUGUUCAUUC